UUCUUUUAUUUCUUUUUUUGGGAAACUCUUUCCUUUUGUGUGUGGUUUAGAGGAAAUGGUAGAGGACAAAGGGAAUAUAAAUUAGUGUAUAAAUGGAAGAGGAAAUAUAAUAAGAAAGGCAUUCUCACUUCAAAUAAUCAACCAAUAUCCAUCCUCUGUCUAAAAACCUUUCUAGGGUUUUUAUAAUUUCUUCCAUUUUCCUUUUAUCUCAUUUUCCCCACUUCUGUUUUUGGCUCAAAAUCACUUCUUUCUGUGUUGGGAGGCCUCUUUUUUCUUUUCUUUUCUUUUUUUCCCCAUUUUUAAACCAAAAAUCAAAUCUUUCUUUUUCUAGGGUUUCUGGGUUUUGAGUUUUUUAAAAUAAUUUUUGUUGCCUUUUAUAGUUAUUUCUUCCUUCCCUUGUUUGGUAAAGAUGUAUGCAUAGAUCCAUUAUAAUUUUCUAGAUUUUGAUUUGUGAAUUUAAAAAGUAGAAAAAGAAAAAAAUUAGCUAAUAAUAAAAUAGAAAAUGGUGAGAGGAAAAGUAGAAAUGAAAAGGAUAGAAAAUGCAACAAGUAGACAAGUAACAUUCUCAAAGCGUCGAAAUGGAGUAUUGAAGAAAGCUUAUGAACUAUCUGUGCUGUGUGAUGCUGAAAUUGCCGUCAUUAUUUUCUCACAGAAAGGUCGUCUCUAUGAAUUUGCAAGCUCUGAGAUGCCAAAGAUUAUGGACCGCUAUCGCAAAUGUACUAAAGAUGCCAAAAAUAAUGACACUAAAUUUGAUAGACAGCUCUUACAGCAAUUAAGGCUUGAGGUUGAAAGCAUUAAUAAGCAGAUGGAGUUGAUGCGACUUUCUCACAGGAAGCUGUUGGGUUAUGGACUGGAUAAUUGUUCCCUUGAUGAACUUGAAGUACUUGAUGCUCAGCUUCAACGAAGCCUCUUCCAAAUUAGGGCUAGAAAGGCUCAAUUAUACAAUGAGCAGAUACAACAACUACAAGAAAAGGAAAAACUCCUUUUGGAAGAAAACAGGAUUUUGUCUUUAAAGAAAAUAUUUGAGAAGAUUGGGAAUGGAGGAUGGAGUUAGGGACACUUUUCUCCCCAAUACCUAAACAGGCAGCAGUUAAAGGUGGUGCCGCCACGCACGGUUGUCGGAGUAGCUCAAGUUCAUUAGUCAACACCCAAUUGUCAAUUUGAUCGCGCGGGCGUGCCAUAAUUUAUUCAAUGUUACCCAUAUGUAAAAGAAAAAUAAGUUUCAUUAUAUUAUAUAAUAUAGUUUAUAAUUCAUUUUAUUUCCCUUGUAAUUCCGAUUUUUAAUUGUUCAUGCCACCAAUAAACAUCUUCUAAAUUUACGUAAUUUUAUAUUAGGACUUGUUUUUUUAAUUAUUAAAACUUUCAUAUUACAGCAA